AUGGCCUUUAAAGAUACUGGAAAAACCCCUGUGGAGCCACAGGUGGCAAUUCACCAAAUUCGAAUCACCCCCACCAGGCUUAAAGUGAAGUCUCUGGAGAAAGUGGGUGCUGACUUGAUCAGAGGUGCCAAGGAGAAGAACCUCAAAGUGAAAGGACUGGUCUGCAUACUGACCAAGACUUUAAGAAUCUCUACAAGAAUAACAACUUGUGGAGAAAUUUGUAAGAUGUGGGAUUAGUUCCAGAUGAGAACAGAGCAACUCAUUGACUUGCACAGUCCUUCUGAAAUUGUUAAACAGAUUACUUCCAUCAGUACUGAGCCAGGAGUGGAGGUCGAAGUCACCACUGCAGAUGCCUAA